AUGACUUCGCGAGGCGAAAACGGCGUUUUGGGCGUUUUGUGCACGCCCAAAGCGCUGAAAAUCAUCGGGUGCGUCGUCGGUGUCGUCGGAUCGCUCGUUGUGUACGGGAUUCUCCAAGAACGCAUCAUGACGAGACCGUAUGGCGACGACGGGGAGGAAGAAUUCUUCAAGUUUAGCGUCUUCUUGGUGUUGAACAAUAGAUUGUUAGCUGUGUGCGCGGCCGCGUGCAUAUUGGUCGCGAUCAAGGGUGCGGUGAGACCGGUGGCUCCGAUUUACUCGUAUGCCACGGUGAGCGCGUCGAACGUGGUGGCGACGACGUGUCAGUACGAGGCGUUAAAGUACGUCUCGUUUCCAGUGCAGACGCUUGGGAAGUGCGCGAAGAUGAUACCGGUGAUGAUUUGGGGGUUCGCCAUCAACCAAAGGCGAUACGACGCGGCAGACAUGCUUGUCGCCGCGUUCAUCACCGCCGGUUGUACGAUUUUCGCGCUUUACGGCGACGUCACGAACAAACACGUGUCAUCUGGUGGCGAUACGUCUUGGUACGGCGGCGUGUUGAUGUUGGGAUAUCUCGGAUUCGAUGGAUUCACGUCGACUUUUCAAGACAAGCUCUUCAAGGGAUACCAUAUGGAAACAUACAAUCAAAUGGUUUGGGUCAACUUGUGCAGCGCGGCGAUUUCGUUGUUCUGGCUCCUGAGUGAUAGUUCUCUCACCGAGGCGUUCAACUUCAUCGGACGACAUCCCGGGGUCAUGGGCGACGUCAUCAUCCUCUCCACCGCGGCCAUGCUCGGGCAGCUUUGCAUUUUGUACACCAUUCGAGAGUUUGGUGCGCUUCUUUUCGCCACCAUCAUGACGACGCGUCAGUUCAUUAGUAUUCUGUUGAGCUGCAUCAUCUUCAUGCAUCCACUCACGCUGCCUCAGUGGGGCGGAACUUGCAUGGUUUUCGGGGCACUUUAUUACAACGCGUUCUUGAAGGCGGCGCGGAAGGGGAGUAAGAAGGAAAUCACCAUAGUUAGCGAUGACGCCAAGAGCGGCGAAAAGGAAAAUUUGAUCAGCAAGGACGGGAUCGCUUGA